GUAAGUUUUUCUAAUCCUAUUUUGAUUUAUUAUAAAAAGAAAGUGGAAAAAGCAAAACAAAAAGAAAAGAAAGAGAGAGAAAAGCAACAAAAAAAUCUCCUUUUUAUUUGUUUAUAAUGUGUCAUCCCUGUGUGCUGCACAUAGACACGGACAUUUUGUACAUUUACAUCAACCCUUACAUAUUACACAAUAUUCCCUUAAAAAAAAAAGCCUGUGAAUUAUAUCGGCGACAUUACCUCUUUUAUGCUUUCUCUCUCUCUCUUUCUUUAUUCUUUUGCCUUUAAUGAUACUUUCUAUUUGUAAAGGAAAAAAAAAAUUUCCUUAUUUUAUAAUAAUUAGACCCUUGUCAACUUUGUACUAAAAAUUUUUUAAAGAACAAAAAAAUGCAGUCGAUGCCAUAUUAUCAACAGCAAGGAUACCAAACUCCUUACCAAAAUACUGUAUUAAACAAUGCGCCCAUUCUUACUCACCCUAAUGGAUUGUCACCUAUGCAACAUGCUGGUAUUCCCGAUCAAAUGACUGCUCCUCCUGCAGCACAUCCACCAAAGAGAAAACAAGUGAAGAAUGCUUGUACCAAUUGUCAAAAAGCUUGUAAAAAGUGUGAUGAUGCUAGACCUUGUCCAAGAUGUAUCAAAUAUGGUAUUGCUGAUACAUGUGUCAAUUCAGUUAGAAAGGAACGUAAAAAGGGUAUUAAGCGUGGUCCUUAUAAGAGAAGACAAAAGACAGAGGAAAAGUCUAGAAAGACAGAUGGUUCAGACCCUAAUGCUCAAGCAACUCAAUAUGCACCUACUGCCAUACGUGGAGCUGCUUUCCCCUUGGCUUAUCCCAGCAACCUUAACCAAUAUGGUCAACCUUAUGAUCCAUACAGCCAAUACGCUGCAUACCAUAAAGAACAGAUGAUGUCUCAACCCUAUGUCGUCAAUCCGGUAUAUCCUCCUAUCGGCUACCCUGUCUUGGUCGCUACAAACAGCGAUCAACAGCAACAGCAUCAACAACAACAGUCUUCUCAACAGCCAAAUGCAAGCCCAUCUAAUCAGCAACAAACCCAGCAGCAACAACAGCCUUCUCAACAGCAACAGCAACAUCCUUAUCCUUACAUGCUUCAUCAGCAACCAUCUCCUCAAGUUGCUCGUCCUCCUUUGAUGCAACAUAAUGAACAUUAUCCAAGUCAAAUGUAUUAUCAACAACAACCACAGCAGCAACAACACCAAGCACAACAACAACAACAACAACAACAAGCACAGCAACAACAACAACAUCAGCAGCAACAACAGCAACAGCCAGCACAAACACAUUCUCAACCUGCUUCACAAAGAAACAGUCCUCAUUUGCCUGAUAUCAAGGCUGAUCCAUCACAGAACCAGGAUAGUUUUGGUAAACAAUCGAUGACAACACCAAUGCCAUCGACAUCUACAUCAACUGCUACCACAUCAUCCCCUGAUUCUGCUUCUUGGGUUCCCCCUCGCUCUUAGUAUAAUAACAACGAUUAUAGAUGGUCUCCUUUUUCUUUCUUUUUUUUUUUGUUUUUCUUUCUUAUAUACAUUGACAUAAAAAAAACCUUCAUAAUACAAAC